GGUAUGUGCAGUUUGCCUGCUAAGUCAGCAAAACAAGUAGAAAUUUUUGAUUAGGGAAUUACAUAUCUUUUACCAGGCAUGGGAGAGAAGUGUGAAGGAAUGACAUCUAUUUUUCAAAUUUCUUCACUUCAGAAAUCAUGGCACAAGAUGUUUCAGGCAUGAACAAUCGGAAAGGGAAGCACUAUCACAGGGAAAGUCCUUUUUAGAGCUGAUGUCCUGAUGGAUAUAUUCUUAUCCUCAAUGGGUGACUUUGAUAAAAUAUGGCGAGAACAUUGUGAGGAUGAAGAAACUCUCUAUGAAUAUGCUGAGGCAAUGAAAAACCUGGCGGAUAAUCACUGGGCUAAAACUUGUGAAGGAGAAGGUCGCAUUGAAUGGUGCUGCAGUGUAUCCAGGGAAUAUUUUCAAAAUGGUGGAAAACGGAAGGCACUGGAAAAAGAUGAGAAAAGAGCAGCUCUUGCUACUAAAAGCAUUCAAACUGCAAGUGUUCAUCCAAGUUCAAAAAUGGAGGUUUCUACUGAUAAUUCAAGCCUUAGUUCUGUAUUGGAUGAAUUGCUACAUCCUUCAGGAAAGAUAAGAUUACUUGAUGUUGGCAGCUGUUUUAAUCCAUUUUUGAAGUUUGAAGAGUUUUUGACUGUUGGUAUUGAUAUUGUCCCAGCUGUUGAGAGUGUCUACAAAUGUGACUUUUUAAACCUUCAGAUUCAUCAGCCUCUUCAGCUUGCCCAAGAUGCCAUUGAUGCUUUUUUGAAACAGUUGAAGAAUCCUAUUGAUUCCCUGCCUGGAGAACUGUUUCAUGUUGUGGUCUUUUCCCUCCUCCUUUCUUAUUUCCCUUCACCCUAUCAACGAUGGAUAUGUUGCAAAAAGGCCCAUGAACUACUUGUAUUAAAUGGAUUGCUUCUUAUUAUCACUCCUGACUCUUCCCAUCAGAAUCGCCACGCUAUGAUGAUGAAAAGUUGGAAAAUUGCUAUAGAAUCUUUAGGUUUUAAACGUUUCAAAUACUCAAAGUUUUCUCAUAUGCAUUUGAUGGCCUUUAGGAAAAUCUCACUGAAAACAACAAGUGACUUGGUGAGCAGGAACUAUCCAGGGAUGCUAUACAUUCCCCAGGAUUUCAACACUGUGGAAGAGGAAGAAUUUUCUAAUAAUUCCUGCUAUAUCCGAUCAGAUGUUGAAGAUGAACAACUGGCCUGUAGCUUCAUGGAGCUUCCAGAUGCUCCUUAUGACUCAGAUUCUGGGGAAAGCCAGGCUAGCUCUAUACCCUUCUAUGAACUAGAAGAUCCUAUAUUGCUUUUAAGUUAAUGUAACAAUUAAAAUCUGCUUCAGAGUCCAAAUUCCUUUUCCUGUAAAACUAAUUUUGCUAAAUCGACAUCUGCUCUGCACAUGAAGCAUUUACAAAAAAGGAAAUGCUAAAGGUUUUGAAAACUAUUACUAUUUUUUUGUACUUACAAAUUUUAAAAUGUAUUCUUGUAUUGAAAAAUUAACGUGUUUUAUGCAGAAUGGCUCAUGCCAUAGCAUGAACAGGGUUUACUUAGUAAUAUUCUAGAAAGGUACCAUCCCCUUCCAGUGCUGUGAACUGUGAUUCUGCAUUCUAUGCUGAUGUGCCCUGGUUUGAUACUUUUAAUCCUUUUGGUUGGGAUUCGUGAUAGCAUUUCUCAAAGGUUUGCACAAAAAGAGAUGAUAUGCACUGUUAAAUGUCUAAGAAAUAUGUUUAGAAAGCUUUGUUAGCCUUGAACUUGAACAAAAAAAAGUUUUGCUUGAGUUAAUGUUGAUCUGGUGAAUGGAAAUAACUGCAAAAUGACUUCACUUAAGUUGUAUUUGCAACUGGAGCACUUUCACAAAAUACAGAUCCUAUUACCCUUACGAUUCCUGGAAUGAAAUAUAAUACACAUGAGCAUAAACAGGUUUUUUAAAUUACCUCACAACUAGUGUUCUUGCCAUUGUUUUGAUUACACCGCUUUACCAAACUUUCUGAAUCAAACUACUUAAGUAGGAAAACUAGAUAACAUUGCUGAUGUUUUAUAACUUGAUAGUUAAAGCAAUGAGAAUAUAUGGAAUUGGGUCUGAUCCUAAGCAUAUAUAAACAUUUUUAGGGAAUGGGAGAAAAUAGAAGAUUGUUGCCUACUUCUAUGUCUAGAUGCCAGACUAGAUAGCUAAUCUGCAUUAGAAUAUGAAGUUCAAAAGUUAAUAUUAAUUUCAUUCAUUCUAGUUAAAAAUGAAGUAUAAUAGAUUUUGUUUUAAGAACAACCCCAGCAUUUCUGUUCUUAACUGCCCCAGAAUAGUUACAUUCAAAUAGCUAAGGAUCACUUCCUGACUUCAUAACUGACUAAAUGCAUUUAUGUUUGCUAUCUGAAUGAGGAUGCAGCCAAUAUAUUUUGGGAUAUAUAAAUCAACAGCUAAAAGAAAAAAUAGUUUUACAGUUUCAGAAAUGGUAGUAUUAAUAUUGACCAGCCAUUUCAGGAAUGUCACUGCACAGUUUGAAAGAAAAGUGUUUAUGGAGGGUUUUUAAAAAAAAUUACAAUGCUUUACCACUAAUUUUUUGCACUGAAGUUUCACAACUGACUUUUUACCUUGUGAUUUGCUUUUUACCUUGUGUGUUGAGUAAUCCAUGGUAUAGUAUUGCUUUGCAUAUAAUGUAUUUUUAAAAGUUCAUAAAUAUUCAAAUUGCAGUACUGAUAGUAACCAUACUAAAUUUAUCCUAGUGUGUAUAAAUUGUAUAAUGUGAAAUAAAUCAGUUUCGUGGGACAGAGAUAGACACAGUAGUAUCUUAGGCAAGACAGGUAAGGCUAGGUUACCAAAUCUGCCCCUUCUAAUGUCACCUAUUUUAAAAAAUAAUAUGUCUUUUGGCCUUAGCCUUAGGCAGUUAACUUGGAAAUAUUCUCUCCAAUUCCCCCCAAAAUCUUUUUAUAUACCAUUCCCAGGCUCAAGUAUUAUUCUCACAGCAACACUGAAAGUAACUGCUAUUAAAUGGUAGAAAUGCUAGCAUUGCUAGAAACCAAUCUUGGUGCAGAAAAUUAGUGUACUUCCCCUUACACCAGUAUUACAAAUCCAGCUUUUCAUCCUAUCUUCUAUAAGUUUGUGAUAAAAAAAUCACACUUUUGAAUUUUGUUAAUCCUUAUCUAAAUGCAUUCACUAGUGAAACAUGAACUAAAUAAAUAAAGGACAGUGAUUUCCAGCUCCUAAGUCAGAUUGGCAAACCACUUACCCCACAGAUAAAGCAAAAGUGGGGUAUGGAUGAGCUACAUUUGUGAAAAUGGUGCUAGAAAGCUUGCAGCCGAUAUUCCACAUCUAAGCAACUUUUCAAAUGGCCUUUGAACAAAACUAUUUACCGGUCAGGCAAAAGUUGCCUUCUAGUUAAAGAUUCCUUUUAACUAGAAUUAAAAAGCUUUCUCCUUUUAGUAUUGUUGGAAUAGUUUAAAAAUAUGUUAGCUUUAUCCCUCUUCCCAUAAUAAUAUUGUUUCCUGUUUACGUAUCCAGAAUAUGCAUGAUGUACUGUUUAAUUAGCAAAAAGGUCUCAAAACUCCAUAGUAUGAUGCAUUUAUGUUGUGUGUAUGUAUGUGGUAAUGUCAUUGUUUUCCAACUCAUUCUGAUGCCUAAUCCAGGUCAAGAUAUACGUAGAUGAAAUAGCUUCAUGUUUGAAGGGUAGAUAUUGGCCAGUAAUACCUGGUGGCUUGGUGAAAAGUAUGUUGUUUUUCCUGAAUGUUUGUAGGUAUGGUGAUAUUUUAAAUUACUUACUAUGUUUUACUGGAUAUAUUUUGACUGGAUAUACAAAUUUCAAGACAGCUGUGUAGAUUUGUCAGACUUUCCAAAAUCCUAGGGUUAACAAGGAAGAUACCCUUUCCAAGUAUACCACAAAAUGUCGCUUUUUUUCUUUAAGUUCUCAGAGAGAGCACAUCAGGAGAAAUGUAUCAUAUCAACAGUUUAACUGAGUAGUGUUGAUAUACACUAUUUCAUUCAGUUUGCCUUGAAUGAUCAAGAAAGCAAAACUGCCAUUAUUACAUUAGUAAUAGAGAAUUAGAGAAUAUAAAAUAAUAUUUUAUAACAAAAGCCAUAAUAGUGCUUGGUUAUAUUUAUACACAAUCUUGAGAGCAACUGUUUAUAUAGAUCAGUAAUAACAUAAUGCCAAAAAAGGGAUUUCUCCCAUAUCAACCAAAUAAUACCUUGCUCUGGAAGACACUGAGUUAACACAUUCUGUGGCUUGCUUUGUUGGUUGUACCCUGGUUUUUGGUUUUUAAAUCUGUUUACAGUUUAAUGUAAUGUUGGAAUCGAGCCAAUUGUAGCUUAUUCAACAACUGAGAUUAAACUGGCUUGUUACACUA